UUCUAUGUCUGCUUUUAAAUAGGGUCAUUCACUCCAAGCCCGCCAAGUUAGGAACCAAUUCAUUAUUUUGUCCUUACUCCUUUCCUAUAUAAUUCUCUCUUUCUUUUCUUUCUUUAAUUAUCAUUGUUGUAGCUAGUGAUCAUCAAUGCCAAGAUGAUAUUAUUGUUGUUGUUCUUAACCUUCUUUAGUUGCAAGAUAUUGCCACUUAGUAAAGAGUCAUAAGAGAAGAGAAAAGAGAAAGAAAAUUGAGAAAAAAUAAAUAUGGGUAGUGGUGGUGUAGGCAGGGGAAGGUUGAUUCUUGGAAUUUUGGGAUUCAUAUUAGUUACAUGGUUGAUGCUAACAGCAAUAUCGGCUAACCGUCUUCAUCGACAAGCGAAGAAGACGGUUAUGGUGGUUCCAUUAAGAGUGAAUGCGAUGUCAAAGCAGUUAAAGUUGGUUAGUAUGAUGAAGAGGCAUUCAAAAUCUGAAAUGAUCUUUGUAAGCAAGAGAAGAGUUCCUAAUGGACCUGAUCCAAUUCACAACAGGAGAGCAGUGAAAUAUAGACAGCCGCCAACACAAGCUUGAGUGAGAAAUGUUGUGCUCCACAAUUUGUGAGGAAAAAAUCAUACAAGAAAAACCCUUGAAUUUUUUUCUAUUAUUAUCUUUGUGGAAGAAUUUCAUCAUAUGUUUCUAUUAUAAGAUAGUGUUGUCACUUUGUUACAUAUAUUAGUGCUAUAUAAGUAUUUGAAGACUAUAUAAGUGUGAUCCUCAUGUUUUUUUUUCUUUUUUUUUUAUCCCUUUUUUGGAAUGUACCUUUAAAUGAUGAUGUUAUGUAAAUUAAGGCCUUAGGUGAUGAUGAUGAAG